AUGCAAGCUUGGAGAAGAGGGAAGGGGGAUGCUAUAAGAUGGAUGAGGCAAAAGCUCCGCGAUGGAGAAUGGGCAAUCUGGGGAGCACUGGCAGGCGAGUGUCUGGCCGACAAAGGAAAGAUGGAAGUGGAGAUUGCGAUCGAGGGCGGGCUCGCGGACGCUGUGGAUCGGUUGGAAGAGACCGAAAACGCGCGAGUCUCCAGCAGCAGCUAUGCGCUCUUGAUCCGCCAGUGUGGAGACUCUGGAGAUUUGGGCCGAGGCAAGCGCGUCCACGAUCACAUCUCUCGCAGCGGCCGCGACGGUGAGACAUUCCUGGGCAAUCUCGUAGUGGAGAUGUAUGGAAAGCUGGGAUGCGUGAGCUACGCCCGCGCGGCAUUCGAUCGAAUCUCGCAGCCCAAUGCGUUUUCGGUGAAUCUGGUGCUUGCGGCAUGCGCGAAGAGGCAGCGGACCGACGAGGCGCAGGGGAUCUUUGAGCGUUUCUCGAGCGUGGCCGAUGCCGUGGCAUGGAAUACGAUGAUCGUAGCAUAUGCCCAGCCUGGGCAUCUGUUGAAAGCAAUGAGUUUGUUUGAUUCUAUGCCGGGAAGGAAUGUUGUUUCGUGGAAUUCUAUUGUAAAUGGUGUUCUUCAGCAUGGAUGCGCUGAAGAUGCUGUCACGAUGAUGAACAAAAUGCCACAGCAUAGCUUGGCGUCGUGGAACGCUGCAAUAGUCGCUUAUGCCGAGGCUGGGCACCUUUUUAAAAUUCUAGAGUUCUUUCUUUCACGUCCAGAGCGCGACUUGAUUUCGUGGAUUGAAACAAUCAGAUGUCUCUCAAAGAACGGAAGCGUCGACGAUUCUAAGAGGCUGUUUGAUGCGAUGCCGCAAUGGAGCGUAGCUGUUUGGAUCGCAUUGCUGCAAGCAUAUGCCCAAAGCGGGCAUAUUGACAUCGCCGGGGCUUUGUUCGAUGAGAUCCCCGAAAAGAGUCUUGUGUCGUGGAACGCGAUGAUCUGGGCGUAUGCAAUCAACCAGAUAGCCGCCGACGCCAAGAAACUCUUCGAUGCUUUGCCGGAGAUGGACGUGAUCUCGUGCAACACCAUGAUUAGCGCCUUUGCGAGCAGCCACUCGGUGCGAGAGGCCAGCCAAGUUUUCGAGAGCAUGCCCGCGCGCGACACCGUCUCCUGGAACGCGCUCCUGCAAGGAUACGCCGACGAGGAGUCCGCGAGCUUUGAAUCGGCGAGAGCUUUGUUCGAGAGAAUGUCGCACAGGAGCUUGUUGGGAUGGAAUCUGAUGCUCAAGGCUUCCAUGCAGCAGGGAGAGAUUUAUCACGCCGAAGAGAUCUUUCACGAGAUGCCUGGACGGAACUUCUCGUCGUGGAACGCGCUGCAUGGAGGAUACGUCGAGAAUGGUGUUCUAAGCCUUGCGGUGGCGGCGAUGGAUCGAAUGCCCGCCAUGGAUCGAGUGGUGUGGACUGUGAUGAUCGGUGGCUAUGCCCGCGCUGGAUUUUUGGCCGAGGGCGAAGAGAUGGUGGAGAGGAUGCCUGACCGGGAUGUUGUGGCUUGGAACUCGCUCUUGCAAUCUCAUGUCGAACAUGGAGCACAGAUAGAAGACGCAAAGAGGAUCUUUGAUGGCAUGGCCGAGAGAAACAUUGUGUCGUGGUCGGCGAUGAUCGGCGCUUUCGUGCGGCCGAUGAAGCAGCAGAAGCUCACGAUCAAAACGCGGGUUGAGAUGGCCAAGUCCGUUUUUGAGCGAAUGCCAAGCCGGGAUAUCGUGUCGUCCAACGCAAUGGUGGUGUUCUUGGCGGACAAUGGCUUGAUCGAGGAAGCAAGAACAGUGGUGGAAUCCAUGGACCGAAAGAACUCCCUCUCUUGGAGUGCUCUUCUGGAAGGCUACGUGAAGAAGGGCUGUAAUCGGGAAGCUCUCGAGCUCUACCGAUCCAUGGACUUGGAAGCACAGAGCAAUCCACAGUCGAGUAACAGCAGGACUUUCGUGUGGAUUCUGGAGGCCUGCGCCAGGAGCGUCGCAUUGAACGCUGGCCGAUCGAUCCACUCCGACUUGGAUGAUCUCCUCGCGAGGAAUCAUGGCAGCAGUAGUGUUUUGCUAGCUCCUUCUCUGGCCACGGCCCUGAUCGACAUGUAUGGAAAGUGUGGAGAGCUCGACGAGGCCAGGAAGAUCUUUGACGGUCUCUCCUGCAAGAGCAUCUCGUGCUGGAACUCGAUGAUCGCGGCUUACACACAGAGUGGUCAUGGAAAGCAAGCGCUGGAGCUGUUCCUCUUGAUGGGACUCGAUGGCUUGAAUCCCAAUCACAUAACUCUGAUGAUCGUUCUCUCGGCUUGCAGCCACUCGGGGCUCGUCUCUACCGCCCUGGAUUUCUUCCUCGCUUCCAUCCUCGGCCGCGAUUUUGGCAGCGGUCUCAUCCGCAAGGAGCACUUCGCGUGCCUGAUCGAUCUCCUUGGCCGCGCCGGGCAGCUCCAGGAAGCGCAGGAACUGAUGGCAGCAAUGCCGGUGGAGCCGGAUCGAGUGGCGUGGAGCGCCAUGCUUGGAGCUUGCAAAGCUCACGGCGAUGGCGAUCGAGGCGCCGCCGCGGCGGAGAGAGUGAUCCAGCUCGAUCCAAGCUCCUCGUCACCCUACGUUGCCGUGUCGAGCAUGCACAAGCAAAGAGUUUGA